AUGAGUAGUGUCACUGUCACGGGCGGUGCUGAUGCUGCCGCGCUGCUGCCGCGAGUGAUUGUCUUCGACCUCGAUGGGACUCUUUGGACCCCCGAGAUGUACCAGCUGUGGGGUGGCUCCCCCUUCAAGCCGCACAAACAGAACCUCAACAGCAUGAUUGACAAAUCAGGCGUGGAGGUGCGCCUCAUCGGCGAGUCUCGCGACGUCUUGCAGACCCUGGCGACAGACUCGAAGUGGGCAAACACAUACCUCGCCAUCUCCUCGACUUGCGAUGUGCCUAGCUGGGCACGGGAGCUGCUUGGAAAGUUUACCUUCACGGACUGUGCGGGAAAGACAGUGCCAAUGCACGACCUAUUUGGUGACCGCAUCGAGAUCUACAAAGCAAACAAAGCGAGGCAGCAUGAGGCGAUCCUCCAAAAGGUGAACAAAAUCGACCCGAGCGUGUCCGAGUACGCGCAGAUGCUCUUCUUCGACAACCAAACAGAUAACGCGCAGCACGUAUCUCGCAUUGGUGUGACGGCCUACUACUGCCCCAAUGGAAUGACAGAGGGGACAUUCCAGAAGGGUCUGGACAUGUGGUGUUGUGCUCAGCGGUCGAAGAUGUGA